CUUGAACCACCAUCUACAGACUCUAUAUCUCUUGACCCUCUCAAUAGACAAAUCAAGUUCAAGACAUAUUAUUUGAUAAAUUCACUCACAUGGCACCCUCAGCUUCUAAACAAAAACGUCUGGCCGAAAAAGCCGCUAAAAACCUUGCUAAAGGAGAAUCAUCCGGAACUAGUUCGGCAGCUCAAUCUUCAACACCUACCAAUGGAGCCUCCACUGCUGCUUCCACUGAUGAUCUUAGUCAUUCGAUGGCUAAAUUGAAAGCUGCUACCGAUCGAUCUGGAAGUGGUGUACUCACUUCAGACCCUCAAAGUAGAGAUAUUCAAAUCUCGUCUUAUACUCUUAACUAUCACGGUCGAUUGUUGAUCGAGAAUGCUGAGAUCGCUUUGAAUUAUGGUCAAAGGUAUGGUCUUUUGGGAGAGAACGGAAGUGGAAAGACCACUUUUUUGCAAUCGCUAGCCGAACGUGACGUGGAAAUUCCAGCUCACAUCGAUAUCUAUAUCGUUCAAGGUGAAGCUGAGCCAGCACAAGUCACUGCCCUCGAGUUUAUCGUCAAUUCUGCAAAGGAAAAAGUUGCACGUCUUGAGAAAGAGAUUGAAGACUUGUCAAUGGCUGAUGAUGUCGAUCAAAUGGCAUUGGAGUUAAAGUACGAGGAACUUGAAGAACUUGACCCUGCCACAUUCGAAGCCAAGGCUGGUGCCAUUCUUCAUGGUCUUGGUUUCGAUCAAGCCAUGAUGAAGAAGGCCACAGCCGACAUGUCCGGUGGAUGGCGUAUGCGAGUAGCCCUUGCUCGUGCAUUGUUUAUCAAACCUCAUCUUCUCUUGCUUGAUGAACCCACAAACCAUUUGGAUUUGGAAGCUGUGGUGUGGCUCGAAGCAUAUCUUAGUACAUACAACCAUAUCUUGGUAAUCACUUCUCAUUCAGCUGAUUUCAUGGACACUGUAUGUACCAACAUCAUGGAUCUUACACAUCACAAGAAAUUAGUCUACUACGGUGGUAACUAUUCAACCUAUGUCCGAACUAAAACUGAGAACGAGGUGAAUCAAAUGAAAGCAUACGCCAAGCAACAAGAUGAAAUUGCCCACAUCAAGAAAUUCAUUGCCAGUGCCGGUACCUAUGCAAACUUGGUCAAACAAGCUAAAUCAAAGCAAAAGAUUAUUGAUAAGAUGGAAGCCGCUGGUUUAAUUCAACCAGUUCAAGGGAAGAAACAACUUCGAUUCAACUUUGAGGACGUUCGAAAACUACCACCUCCUAUCAUUGCCUUCAAUGAUGUCGCAUUCUCUUACAGUGGAAAGAAAGAUGACUAUCUUUACAAGGAUCUGUCAUUUGGUAUUGAUAUGGAUUCUCGUAUCGCCAUUGUAGGACAGAACGGGACAGGAAAAUCAACGUUAUUGAACUUGAUUGAGGGUAAACUCAUGUCAUGUGAAGGGUCUGUCAGCAAACAUGCAGGAUUGAAACUUGCUCGAUACAGUCAACAUUCAGCCGAUCAAUUACCCUACGAUAAAAGCCCUAUUGAAUAUUUCGACUCAAAAUACCACGAAAAAUUCCCCGAUAAAGAUAUCCAAUUCUGGCGUCAACAGUUAGGUCGAUUCGGUCUGUCUGGGGCUCACCAGACUUGUCCUAUUCGACAGCUAUCCGAUGGUUUGAGAAACAGAGUUGUGUUCUCUCAACUUGCGAUGGAAACACCUCACAUCUUGCUCUUGGAUGAACCUACUAAUCACUUGGAUAUGGAAUCGAUCGAUGCACUUGCAGUUGCUAUCAAAGAAUUCGAAGGUGGUGUAGUCGUAGUUUCUCACGAUUUCAGGUUGAUCUCACAAGUGGCCGAAGAACUUUGGGAAGUCAAGAACAAGAAGAUUAUGAACCUUACCAAACAAGAUAUCGAUAUCAAAUCAUACAAGUCUAUGCUUGCUAAGAACUCGGCCGCUCAAAUUGAAAAGGCUAAGUUGGUUUCUAAAGCCAAUGCCAAAGGAGUUGCAUAAAAUUCGAUUUCUCUAUCACCACUGAUAACCAAGACGAAAUUCGAAAGACGAAAAAAUCCUAUCUCCGAAAAUAAAAAAAUAAAAAAUCACACACAUACCUAUUACCACUUGUUCCUGAUCCCGCAUCUCUAUUCAACUUUUUACUUUUAGUGUGUGUGUGUGUGUGUUUGAAAUAGAAGCAGAAUGUGUUUUGAAGAAGAAGAAAAGUUACAUUUUUGGUUUGUUAGAUAUCUAGAUAUAAACUAUUGUGGAUGAACCCCUGUUUACAUAAAUAGACAAGAUAAAGUUGAUGUUAAAGUUUUUUGUUGAUGAUUUGAUUGGUGGGCUAGGAUUUCAGUGACUUGAGAUUGUGUGCAAGUGUUUGAAUGAGUUUGAUUGGAAGACUUU